CAUCCCUGUCUCUUUCUCUGCUUCUCUUCAUAAGCCCUUUCAAAAUCUCUCUUUCUCUCGAUCCCUCGGCCGCCGGCGAUCCUCCGAUCGCCUUCGUUGCCUCCGCCUCUGUGCCACGCGCUUCCCGAUGGCUUGUGUUGGUUGUCAUGUUGGGGGUUCAUUGAGCUUCUUGGGAAGCCGAGCUGGUAGAAAAUUGGCUGGGAAUCCUUUCUGUUGUGGUGGUUCAAAUUCUUUGGUUUCUUUUGUGGGUCACUCGUCAUGGAAGAGUUUUGCAUCGGUUUGUGUUGUGAAGCCUUUUAUAUGUACUCGAUCAGAAUUCAUUGUCAGUGCUUCUAAGAGAUCUGGUGCAAAUUCGGAUAAAUUCAGCUACUUGAGCAACGCAAAUGGCAGCUUGAAGGUUUCUGAAGAUAGAGUGGUGGUGCUUGUCAUUGGUGGUGGUGGAAGGGAGCAUGCACUUUGCUAUGCCCUGCAGCGAUCUCCAUCCUGUGAUGCAGUCUUUUGCGCCCCUGGUAAUGCUGGGAUUGCUCAGUCUGGUAAUGCAACUUGCAUAUCAGACCUAGACAUUUCUGACAGCCAAGCUGUGAUCUCCUUUUGUCAUAAGUGGGGAGUUGGACUAGUGGUUAUUGGCCCAGAAGCUCCCCUGGUUGCUGGUCUUGCAAAUGACCUUUUUAAGGCUGGAAUCCCAACAUUUGGCCCUUCGUCAGAGGCUGCAGUGUUAGAGGGAUCAAAGGAUUUUAUGAAGAAGUUGUGUGACAAAUAUGACAUUCCUACUGCAAAGUACCAAACUUUCACAGACCCAUCCAAUGCAAAAGAAUACGUGAGGCAGCAAGGAGCACCGAUUGUUGUCAAGGCUGAUGGUUUGGCUGCUGGAAAAGGAGUCAUUGUUGCUAUGACUGUAGAAGAGGCAUUUGAAGCCAUAGAUUCUAUGCUUGUGAGUGGUGCUUUUGGUUCGGCAGGUUCCCGCGUCAUCAUUGAAGAAUUCCUUGAAGGAGAAGAAGCUUCUUUCUUUGCCAUAGUCGAUGGUGAAACAGCCCUACCUCUUGAAUCAGCACAGGACCAUAAAAGAGUUGGUGAUGGAGAUACCGGUCCAAACACUGGUGGAAUGGGGGCAUAUUCCCCAGCACCAGUGUUAACUAAAGAGCUCCAAUCUGUGGUCAUGGAAUCAAUUAUCUACCCAACAGUGAAAGGGAUGGCUGCCGAGGGUUGUAAAUUUGUUGGUGUAUUAUAUGCUGGGCUUAUGAUUGAGAAGAAAACUGGGUUGCCUAAGCUCAUUGAGUACAAUGUGCGGUUUGGAGAUCCUGAAUGCCAGGUGCUGAUGAUGCGGUUGGAGUCUGAUUUGGCACAAGUUCUUCUUGCUGCUUGUAGAGGUGAACUAGACAACGUCUCGCUUAACUGGUCACCCGGAUCAGCCAUGGUUGUUGUGAUGGCGAGUAAGGGCUACCCCGGGUCUUAUAAGAAGGGAACUGUGAUAAAAAACCUCGAAGAGGCUGAACUUGUUGCUCCAAUGGUCAAGAUUUUCCAUGCCGGAACAGCACUGGACUCCGAUAGUAACUUCAUUGCAACCGGGGGUCGGGUCCUCGGGGUUACAGCGAAGGGAAAGGAUUUAGCAGAAGCAAGAAGUAAAGCCUAUGAUGCUGUUGGAGCAAUCAGCUGGCCUGAAGGGUUCUUCCGGCAAGAUAUCGGUUGGAGAGCGCUUCCUGAGCGACAAUCCUCGAGGUAAGCAACCAUGGGGCUUACUAAAUAUCGGAAAGUUUAUGUGGAAAUUAUAUCGCCUAAUGGAGAGGUCGGCGAUAAAAGUUUUUUUGCUUCAAAAAUAAAAGAUGAUAAGGUGCAACAGGUUACACAAAAUGCACACAUUGCUGAGUUUGAUGGCAUUGAGUUGGAGUUGCAAAUAAGUCAAAGAGUAAUUGACUACCUUAGUGUUUGCAAUCCAAAUAGCCUUACAAGCUUCAUCAAUUGCAUCUUAAGUUUUUGUUUUACAAGUGAUAAACAGGGUUGAUGUUUAUCAAUGUGAUAAAUAGUACAAUUCUUGGUGAAUUCUAAAGGUUUUUUUUUU